AUGAGGGAAAGCAACCCAAUUGCUUUCAACCUGAACACUGAAGAACAGCAAACGCCGAGCGUAGCAGCACAAGAUUCGUACAACGAAAUGCUGAAAAAGGUACUAGAAUCGGUCCAAGCAAAUUUGGACAGAUUGGCUAGCGAAGCCAAAAGAACGAAUGAUAGGCACGAAGAAACCAUGAAAAUCCUGAGGGAAAAUUUCAGCCCAACGGCUCCCAGAAGAAGAGGGAGAACAGAAAACGCAAACCCAAGCCGCCGAGAGACGAGAGCGGAAAACAACAAAAGCAAGGAACCCCGAACCGGAGGGAACGAAGAAAGAAACGAAGCAAGAAACCAACGGGAGAAUGGAACAAGCGACGAGGAAAGCCCGAACGAUCAAAAUAGAAACAAGUCCAACGAGGAAUCACCAGAGACACCCAGAAAUGAGCAUAACCAGGAGGACGCCCGAAGUGGUUUGAAUUCAAAGAGAGACGAGCGAAGAGAGAAGGAAAAAGAAGACGCCCCACCAAAGAGCAAGCGACAAGACAGAGAUACAGGGAAAGAACAAACUAAGAAAAAUCACCAAGAAGGAGAGGGCGAAUCGUCAGAAGCGCCCCAAAAAAGCAAGGCCACAUACGUAGCGGAAGGAGACUUGGAAGAAAAGAUUGCCAAAGCACUCAAAAAACUGAAAUCAGAAGAGUUGCACAUAGACGAUCUCAGGUUGAAAGGAUCCCCCUCUCGCCUGAGAUCAUGGAAGAAACUAUCCCAUUCAGCAUGA